CUUUGAUAUUUUCACAUCUUUUAUUAGUAUUAAAGCUUUCUCACCGCGACAAGCUAUAGAUGGAGGCGGGACAAGUGCUCGAUUUGCCCCUUCCUGCGGACGCCUAUGACUCCAACUUAUUAACUUAGCUCGUCAGUAUAAAUGUAAAUGCCGAAAGGAACUGUCACGUAACUAAGUAUCUCGAUAUUUGUAGCAGGUAAACUCGAAGCUCCUAAAUAUGGCAUCGUUAUCAUCAUCGAUCAUGUUGAGUAAAGAUGUUCCUGAUAUCGAAAAUAUACUAAGCCUCAAUCCAAAGUCCAAAUACCAUGCGAAUCUUAUGCCAUCAACGUUGACCAAACAGAACAAACAGCACUGGAAAAGAAACAUCCACGAGAAAUGUGAUAGUUGCAUGCCUUUGACAAAGAAUUUCGACGAUAUCAAGCAUACUACUUUGAGCGAACGUGGUGCAUUAAGGGAAGCUGCGCGUUGUUUGAAGUGCGCUGACGCACCUUGUCAAAAAUCCUGUCCUACACAAUUGGACAUUAAGUCUUUUAUCACUUCUAUCUCCAACAAGAAUUACUAUGGUGCCGCCAAAGCGAUUUUAUCAGAUAAUCCUCUUGGUCUCACCUGCGGCAUGGUUUGUCCGACCAGUGACCUUUGCGUGGGUGGAUGCAAUCUGUAUGCGACCGAGGAGGGACCCAUCAACAUCGGUGGGCUGCAACACUUUGCAAUGGAUGUUUUCAAACAGAUGAAUAUUCCUCAAAUCAGAAUAUCUAAUCAAACAGUACCUUAUGCAAACACGAAGAUCGCUUUACUCGGUUGUGGACCAGCCUCUCUUUCAUGUGCGACAUUUCUUGCCCGACUCGGUUACGAUGAUAUUACGAUCUUCGAGAAAGAGAAUUAUAUAGGCGGAUUAAGUUCCUCCGAAAUACCACAAUAUAGACUUCCAUAUGACGUUGUUAAUUUCGAAGUUGAUCUUAUUAGAGAUCUAGGAGUGAAGAUCGAAUUAGGAAGAUCGCUAUCCGAAGAUGAUUUGACGAUACGGACCCUUCAAGGUGCUGGAUAUAAAGCAAUCUUUUUAGGAAUCGGAUUACCUGAGCCGAAGAAUAUACCGAUCUUCGAAAAUCUCACGUCGGAAAUGGGCUUUUUCACUUCGAAGAGCUUCCUGCCCAUGGUCGCAAAAGGUAGCAAGCCGGGAAUGUGCGCUUGCAAGAACAACCAGGAACUUCCAUCUCUUCACGGCAACGUAAUCGUCCUCGGUGCGGGAGAUACCGCUUUCGAUUGCGCAACUUCCGCUCUCCGGUGUGGAGCCAGAAAGGUCUUCGUCGUCUUUCGGAAAGGCUUCACCAACGUACGAGCUGUCCCAGAAGAGAUGGAUCUGGCGAAGGAAGAAAAGUGCGAAUUUAUACCUUUCCAAUCGCCGAAACGUGUCAUUGUUCGCAACGGAAGAAUUUUCGCAAUCGAGUUUUACAGAACUGAACAAAACGAGAAAAAUGAAUGGAUAGAAGAUGAAGAACAAAAGUUUGUUUUAAAAGCGGACUUCGUGAUUUCGGCUUUUGGGUCAGAAUUGUAUAAUCCUGCUGUGAAGAAUGCCAUAGCGCCAAUUAAGAUGAACAAAUGGAAUUUACCGGAAGUUGACCAGAAUACGAUGAUGACUUCGGUGCCAGGUGUGUUUUGCGGAGGAGACCUUGCUGGUGUCGCUCAAACGACUGUGGAAUCUGUGAAUGAUGGAAAAACAGCUGCAUGGUAUAUUCACAAAUACAUACAGGAAUCUUACGGUUUGACUGUACCAGAAACUCCGCAAUUGCCGAAGUUUUACACAGCUAUCGAUGACGUUGAUUUAAGCAUCGAAAUAUGUGGAUUAAAAUUCGAGAAUCCUUUUGGUCUGGCUUCCGCACCACCUUGCACCACCAGCGCGAUGAUCCGACGUGCUUUCGAAGCCGGGUGGGCCUUCGCUAUCACGAAAACCUUCUCCUUAGAUAAAGAUCUCGUCACCAACGUGUCACCGCGCAUCAUCAAAGGCACAACGUCCCGUCAUCAUUAUGGACCCGAACAAGGUAGCUUCUUGAAUAUCGAAUUGAUAUCUGAGAAAACUGCCGAUUAUUGGUGUGGCAGUAUUACAGAAUUGAAACAAGACUUUCCUUCAAAGAUUGUCAUCGCAAGCAUUAUGUGCACGUAUAAUAAAUCCGAUUGGACAGAACUAGCGAGAAAAGCGGAAGCAGCUGGUUCUGACGGCUUGGAAUUAAAUCUAUCGUGUCCUCAUGGUAUGGGCGAGUCCGGAAUGGGUCUGGCCUGUGGACAGGAUCCCGAAUUAGUUAGAAACAUCUCCAGAUGGGUUCGCGAAGCUGUCAAGAUACCGAUCUUCGUAAAAUUGACACCCAACAUCACCGAUAUUCUUUCCAUCGCCAAAGCAGCUUACGAAGGCAAAGCCGACGGCGUUACCGCUAUUAAUACGGUGUCAGGAUUAAUGGGACUUCACGCUGAUGCGAUUCCAUGGCCAGCGGUAGGUCUUAACAAAUCCACGACAUACGGCGGGAUGUCAGGAAACGCUACCAGACCUCAAGCUCUGAGGGCCAUUUCAACGAUCGCGAAACAUCUUCCGGGAUUUCCAAUACUUGGUACCGGCGGCGUCGACUCGGCCGACGUCGCUCUGCAAUUCUUGCAUUGCGGUGCAUCCGCCAUCCAGAUUUGCAGUGCCAUUCAAAACCAAGACUUUACCUUGAUAGAUGACUACAUAACCGGUUUAAAAGCGUUGUUAUACUUGAAGAGUCUAGCACAGGUGAAAGAUUGGGAUGGUCAGAGCCCACCGACAUUCAAACAUCAGAAAGGCAAACCUGUUUCCCUGCAAUAUGCUCUUGGCAAAAUUGCACCGGCGCAGUUUGGCGAAUAUCAAAAACUGCGCGAACGAAAGAUAGCCGAAUUGAAAGCUAAUUCGAAUCCCUUGGAUGAAGACGUGACGAUAACUCGACCUGCUCCAAGGCCGAUCGCGCCGAUACCUACUGUCAAGGACAUAAUUGGCAAAGCAUUAGUACACAUUGGUAGUUACAAAGAAUUGGAUAACAAGAAGCAAGUAAUUGCUUUAAUCGACGAUGAUAUGUGCAUAAAUUGUGGCAAAUGCUACAUGGCUUGCUCGGAUUCCGGAUAUCAAGCAAUCACCUUCCAUCCUGACACCCACCUCCCCAAGGUAACGGACGAUUGCACCGGAUGUACACUUUGUCUGUCUGUGUGUCCAAUUAUCGACUGCAUCACUAUGGUUCCAAAAACGAUUCCCCAUGUAAUUAAAAGAGGCGUACCGCCGAAAAAUACAAUUGAAAUUUAUUAAACGAUAGUUUAUCCGAAAUUAUUAUCCAAAAAUUUUUAUGUUUUACACAAUUUUUUUACGUAUACAAGCUCUUAAUUAUUGAAUAACUAUUAACAAAUUACAAAAAUAUAUAUUAUAUGUACAAUAGAAUCACUAUCGGAUCCUGACACCGAUAAUGGGAAAGGAGGGUUCUGCAAAAAGAAUAAUUGUUAUAUGACUUAUACAUCAAAAGUAACGAACUGCAAAAUUGCGAGAAUUAUGUACAUUUUCAAAAAUCUUACCUACGAUUAAAUAGGAGAUCUUCCUUUUGCCAAAAUUGAAUCUGCUGUUAUUAAUUAAAAUUUGGCAUUGUUUUUCCAACUCCACCUUUCGCAAUUUUCAUUCCAAUCCGUUUUAUUGUUAAGGCUGAAAAAUUUGUAAUUUUAUAUAAAACUUAUUGUUAGUCUAAAUUUAUAUUAUAUUUUAAGAUAUCUGAUGUGGUCAUUAAAAAAUUGAAAGUAUCUCCAUAAUAUAUUCUACAUAGAUUAUAAUAUUUCUAUUAUUAUUGUAUAGAGAUUAUUUCUAAUAUUAUUAUUAUUAUAUUAUCUGUCCAAUUUGUUUUACUCGUAACUAUCUGUUAGGCAUAAACAAUUGAAGCACUGCGGAUCCAAUAUAUUGAAAUACGUUUUUCCGAUACUUUGAACUUUGAGCUAUAUAAUUCAUGGUCCCAUAUCCCUUCAGACCGCACCAUUUUGUUUCUACAAGUAUCAGCAUUGCAAGAUAAAGAAACACAAAAUUUAAAUCAAUAAUAAUAACAUAAUUGAUCCUUCUCCUUCUUUGGAUUUAAUGUGUGCAUCUUAUAUUAUAUAUUUUAUACGUUUUCAACGAUUAGUACAUUUAUGAUUAAGGAAAAGAACUAUAUCUCUUAUAUUAAGUAAAAAGCAAUUAAAUUAUAUUAAUAUAUUACAAGAAGUAGGUAUAUGCAACAAAUAAAAUAAAAUAAGUAUUUUUAUAACUUAUACCUCGUAUAAUUAUAUGACUGUGUUAUAUAAAUUGUGGUUACAGCAACUUUUAAGAAUUCACUCAAAUACAGCUUCUACAAGUAAAAGCAAAUAUAUGUAGAAUUCUCUGCGAUAAAAUCGAAUAUUAUUAUAUAACUCUUGAGCAAAUGUCAAAAAUAAUCUCAAAAAGAAUUUUAUUAACAUGCAAAUAUACGCCGCACUAUGUAAGCAAGUAUGAAAAGUAGGAAAAGUAUAAACGCUCGAGUAGAUAAUUACCAAUAAUACUGUUAAGAUAUAAUAGCAAGUAUGCGAUGUAUUAGUAAAUCAAAAGCUCGCGAGAAGAAUAAAUCACAGAUUAAAAUAAGGGCUAGGAGCUGAAGGCGGUUGUUGUGGCUAAACAUAUUAUUUAAUAAAAUAACGUUGUACGACGAAA